AUGCCCAACAAUGUGGCAUUUUCUCCUGAAAUCCUUAAAAAAAUAAGGAAAAAAGGGUUUAAAGAUUCUGUGACCUAUCUUACUGCAUGCCCGCUUCUAUAUGCUAUUGUUGAUGUAGUUGAUCCUUUUCUUCCACAACAUGUUUGUGAUUUCUACUAUAAUUCUACCUACUACAAUACUAGAGUGAUUCUUGGCACAAUAGGAGAUGGUGAUCACACUAUCCGAAUGAAUGUGACUGAUGACUUAAGAGCUUUAAGUCUUCCAAUUAAAAAUGAAUACUUUUGUCUUCCAUCUAUUGAUGAAUGUCGUGUUGUACUUGAAAAUUUGAAUUAUGAUUUUGAUAUACAAGAAAAUCAUAAUAUUCCCCGUAUGCAUCUUCCAACUACUUGGAAGUUUCUUACUGGUGUCCUUGGGAAGUGUGUCACCCACAAAAUGAGAAUUCCUGAGCAGUUGAACUCCUUUGGAUACAUAACUUUUUAUGUGUCAUCAAGAAUAAGUUGCUAG